CCGGAAGCGUUGCUAUGGCGGCGGAUGCGCUCGGCGGCCUGGUGGCCGCGCUGGAGUCCUACCGCGGCCGCGACCGCGUGGUCCGCGCGCUGGGCUAUGGCUGCCAGCUGGCCGGGGGGGCGCUGGCCGGGGCGCGGGCCGCGCCGGUGGGGCUGCCCGGGAGCCUGCUGGCCGUGUCGGCCCAGCUGAGCGGCUGCCGCACCGUGCUGCGCCUCUUCGACGACUUCGCCAUGCUCAGCUACACCCGCGGCUACGGGCUGGGACCCAAGGACGAGGACGCCGUGGUGCGCUGCCUCUCCGUGCUCACCAACGUGGCCGACCAGCUGUACUACCCCUGCGAGCACGUGGCGUGGGCUGCCGACGCCGGCGUCCUGCGCGCCGGCUCUGCCAAGUGGUGGGCUCUGAGCACGGGGCUCUGGGCCCUCUCCCUGCUGCUGGGCCUCGGACGAUCCCUGAGAAUUUUGUUCCAGUUAAGAAGAAAGCUGAGGCAGCAUGAGGGUAAAUCUUCACCUCUGAUCCAAAAGAAAAUGAGAGCCCAAGUGAAGGCUGAAGUUUUGCACAUCAUUAGUAGUUUGGCAGAUCUCUCCAAUGCCAUCCAUUGGCUGCCUCCAGGAUUUCUCUGGGCUGGACAGUUUCCUCCAUGGUUAGUAGGUCUCUUUGGGACCAUAUCUUCCCUGAUUGGUAUCUACCAGGCAUCUGCAGGGGAAAAAUCUGGGGUUGCGUGAACCAGAAAUAAGCUUCAGGAAUCCAUUUUUUAUAUGGAAAAAAUGUGGAUAGUGUAAGCAGGGCAUGUUUUAAUUUUCCCAGAUGUCAAUGAUUGUAUUUCCAUUCAUCCUAUAACUGAGACUGGGAUCGAGAUGUUCCUUUUACAGAGAGAAUUGGUUGGGGCUAAAAUGGUUCUUAUGGCUCUUCAUCACAGUAAGGUCUUUGAGGUGAAUCCUCUGAAAAUUAAGCAAUCUCAUAGGAUUGGUAAAGUAGGGGAAGAUGAAGUUAGAUGGAGAUAUGGCCAUGGUUCUGUUAUACAAAACUUAUGAGGGAGAGAUUCUGCGAGCUUAAGUUCUGGGCAUGGUGCUUGAUGCCUCAUCUGAAACCAGCAAGUGACCUGUAUCAUGGAAGUUUCUCUAUCAGAUAUUUUGGUCUUUGAGUGCAGACCAGAUGCCCUGACUGCAAACAGUAGCAAGUGACCAAGGGAGGUUGUUGGGUGGUGGGUUCUGUUUCUUUAGAGAUCAUGUGGGAAAGAAAAAGCAACUGUAAACAAUGUCUUGCUAAGCUUCCUUCCAGUCAGUAUUAUUCAUUUAAGGAGAAAUAUUAGAUGUUGAGACUUCUAAAUUAAAUCAGAAAAAGCAAAAGUGCACUGAACCUCUAGAGGUGCCUUAACAGAAGGCCACGGGGUGGAGCUCUUCCGCUAGGCUGUGGCUGAGCCAACGGCCUUUUUUUACAAAGAAUCAAAUAUAUUAAUCACCUUUCAAGGGACCAAUCAAAUGCAGAGAUGAGUUUUACAAUCACAUUCUAAGCUGUGCCGAUAAUAAAGGAGACGAAUGUUUCAAA